CAAUUUUUUCAAGAACCCCUUUUGUUUUCUUAAUGAUAUUUGUACCUUAUUUUUUACUAGUUGUUUCUUCCAUCUGCUUUUACUUGCUAUUAUUUAUUUGACACAUCAAGAAAAAAAUUAAUUUUUUUUUAAUUUUAUUUGAAUUUAAGCCUUGAAAAUAACCUUUGAUAAAAAUGUUGUCUUUGGCAGAAUUGCGAAGUAACUUAUGGUAAAACCCUUUUCUGGACAGCACGCAUAAUGAUAGCUUUAGUGCAUCGAACUGCCUCUAAUAUAUAUAUAUAUUCUCCAAGAAACCAAAUGCUAAAGAUUCAAUUUUUUCAAGAACCCCUUUUGUUUUCUUAAUAAUAUUUGUACCUUACUUUUACUUUUACUAGUACUUUCUUUCGUCAGCUUUUAGUUGUUAUUAUUUUUUAAAUUUUAUUUUUGUUUUUAUUUGUCUUUCACACCAAGAAAAAGAUAAAAAAAAGCUUCUUUGUUUUAUCCCUAGUAGUAAUUGUUUAUUCCAAAUAUUUUUCAACACAUAUAAUUUAAACAUCAAUUAACAAAAAAAAUUCCUUUUGUUUGUUAAUGAAGUUUGUACCUUAUUUUUUAUUAUUCCUUCCCUCAUUUUUACUUGUAACUAUUUUACUAAUUGUAUUUUUAUUUUUUACUCAUCAUUUUUAAUAUAUCAAGAAAAGAUAAAAGAAUUUUCCUAUAAGCAAUAUCAAUAAUUUUUUUUGUAAUGGUGUGUUAAGUCAAAAGGGGAUAAGUAAAAAUGAACGGAGGAAGAAUUAGUGAUAAACUAUGAUUCAUAUAAUAACUGAAUCAAACUUUUUUCUGAUUCAUAUACAAAAAAGUUUGGAUUUUUUUUAGUUUUUUUCUUUGUGAAGGAUCUGUGUGAUGGCCUAUGAUGGAAUAUUAUAUGAGCUGACAUUGUCUGAUCAAUAUUAACUUGAUUGAGAAUAUUGUCUGAGGCCUUUUAUAUGGAUUCAACAAGAGUAGAUUUUUAUCCUCCUUUUGUGCUGACGUAGCAUUUUUAUUACAUAAAAUGAGAUCCACAUCAAAAGCAUCAUGCCACUUAAAAAGAUUGACAAAAGGCGCAAUGCAAGAGUAAAUUUGUGACUAUUCUAGACUAUUUUUCUUUUUGAGAUAAGCAUUCAGACCAUAAAAGAGAGUGAAUACAAGAAAAAGCAUUACAUUCUCUUGAUACAGAAGAAUGCACUCCUAGAAAAAAAAAAGUUUGGUGUACUGAAGCUAUCACUAUACGCGGUGUCCGGAAAGGGCCCCACUACAAGGGUGUAUCGUACGCAGACUUAUCUUGCAUUUUUGCGUGAGGCUGUUAUCAAGGUUUGAACCCGUGAUCUCCAGCUACCGCUAUGCGCGGUGUUCGGGGAAACGCUCCACCAUAAGCUAAGAGUGUAUUGCUCGCAGUUUUAUCUUGCAAUUCUGCCAGAGGCUAUUUUCAAGGCUUCAACCCGUGACCUCCAGUUACCGCUAUGCGCGCUAUUCGGGGAAGCACUCCACCAUAAGAGUGUAUCGUACGCAGUCUUAUCUUGCAAUUCUGCCAGAGGCUGUUUUCAAGGCUUGAACCGUGACCUCCAGCUAGAACCCGUGACCUCCAGCUACCGCUAUGCACGGUGUUCGAGGAAUGGCCCCACCACAAGGGUGUAUCGUACGCAGCCUUAUCUUGUAUUAUUUCUGUUAGAGGCUGUUUUUAAGGCUUGAACUCGUGACCUCCUGAUCACAUGGCAACAACUGUUUUACCAGUUACUCCAAGGCUCACUCUUAGCUAACUAAAAAGUUGGAACUUUUCGUAUCGAAUCCUGAUACUAGGAAGCUGCAAUUCUAGAUCAUUUAUUAUUAUUGUGUAUCUGUCUUUUUAUCACUCUCAUUUGCUUUAUGUCCCUCCCAGAUGUGAAGAACAAGUGUGUGUGUCGAGUUCCUGGGAAGAGGAGGACUUGACUCAACCAUCUUGACAGGUUUAAGCUUUGAAAACAGUCUCUGACAGAAAUGCAAGGUAAGGUUGCGUACAAUACACCCUUGUGGUGGGCCCUUCCCUAGACCCUGCGUAUAACGGGAGCUUUAGUGCACCAGACUACCUUUUUUGAGUGUCUAAUCGGAAACAACAUCUUUACCUCCUCAGUUAUGGUUCUUCGUUACAGUCCAAAUAUUCAUACAAAAAACUAGACCCCACCGCAUGCGUACUCCUGAAACAACAUUGGUUUCUUCAUUUUUUUUUUGGUUUCUCAUUCAGUCUCCGGUGCUUGCAUUAGAGCCCCGAUUAAUUCGGAUCGCGCGUUGCAGGACCCAUUAAGGUGGCAGUGCUCCCAACAGAGUUUUCUCCAUACUCAGGAUCGAACUCUCGACCUCUAGAUAAGGGCGAAGUAGCCCCAUCCACUGCACCACAACCCAUGUUGGUGGUUUCUUCACUUUUAUUAUUUUGAUCUUGAGGCGAAUGUCUUAUUAAAAAAGUUUCUUUACCUUCAGUAUGGUUCUUCACUUCUAUUAUUUUACUUGAGGCGAGUGCCUUAUCGGAAACAACUUUUCCACCUCCUAGGUACACACUAUUGUUCCCCAACCUCACUCUUGAGAUUACACUGCGUAUGUUGUUGUGUACGUAAUGCUAGCUAGAUUUACUUUCAUUGUGUGUCAAAUCUGAUUCAUCUGUUUUUGACAUUGCAGAGGGCUGGAGUGGUGAGACAGGAGCUUGCAAAUGAAGUAAUGAGUGUCAAACAACAUAAAUCCCGACAGCUUGGAGAGGCGCUUCGGGAGAGUAGAAGAGAACUGACCCAUGCUACUAGAGGUAUUGAGAAGGAAAUUUCUACGUUGCAAUCAGAGGAAAAAAAGCUCGUUGCCGAAAUAAAAAGGACAGCUAAAACUGGAAAUGAGACGGCAACAAAAGUUCUAGCACGUCAAUUAGUCAGGCUUAGACAGCAAAUAGCCAACUUGCAAGGUAGUCGAGCACAAAUGAGAGGUAUUGCGACUCACACACAGGCAAUAUCUGCCCAAUCUUCAGUUGCCGCAGGCAUGAAAGGAGCCACUAAGGCUAUGACUGCUAUGAAUAAGCAAAUGGAGCCAGCAAAGCAAGCGAAGGUGAUGCAAGAUUUCCAGAGGCAAUCAGCUCAAUUGGAUAUGACGACUGAAAUGAUGUCAGAUGCUAUAGAUGAUGCUAUAGAUAAUGACGAAGCGGAAGAGGAAACUGAAGAUUUGACAAAUCAGGUCCUCGAUGAAAUUGGAAUCGAUAUUGCCUCACAGUUGUCAGCGGCUCCCAAGGGCAAAAUUGCUGGAAAAAGGACCGAGGAAUCAACCAGUUCGGGGAUCGAUGAACUGGAGAAGAGAUUGGCUGCACUUAGAAAUCCUUGAUCUCGAUAUCUUGGAUUAGUCCUCAUGGUGUUUCACCACACAUGAAACAUGAUUUACUUUUUUUAAGUUUUAUGUACAUAAUUUUUGCUACCAAGAGUGAUGUAAUGCAUAUCAAUCCUUGGUCUUCUUUUGAGUGAUAAAUGAUUGUCCAAAUGCUACAAACAAUGUAUUAAGUUGUUUGAUAAAAUCUUUGGCAUGACUUUCUUUCA